UUUUUAAUGCACAGAAGGAGCUCUGCUGCCCGGAUCGUUUCGAGCGUCCCUCCGCUCCCCUUCAUCAUGUUGUUAUUAUAGUUUGGAGCUCGCUUGUGCGUGCGUGUGUGCGUGUCUUUUGUUUUUUUUCCUGCUGAAAGCCUUUUGAGUUGAUUGGUGCCAGGCAGGAGGGAGGACUCGGUUCCUCUGCCAGAGAAAAAAACAGAAAGCUAGAGGAAGAAGACGAGAGGAGAAAAGAGAGAGAGAGAGAGAGAGGGAGAGAGAGAGGGAGAAUGCAACAUCGGUGUGAUUUCUGCACUGAUUUACCACAAUAAGGUGGUUUUAAAGUGGCGGAUUGCACAUCCAAGCUUUUAUUCUGCUCAAUGCACGGACACUAGAAAAGAAAGAAAGAAAGAAAGAAAGAGAGAAAGAGAGGAGGACAAAAAAAAAAAACGGAGGAAAGGCGCUGCAACGUUACAAGUCGGGGGAUCACCACCUUAAGACCCCAAGAGAGUCCUCUACUUCUAGGGUCUCACCCCCUAAAACAAGUGGAACGAUGUCAUCUACCAAAUUCAAGAAGGACAAGGAGAUCAUAGCGGAUUAUGAGACCCAAGUGAAAGAGAUCCGUAACCAGCUGGUGGAGCAGUUCAAAUGCUUGGAGCAACAGUCUGAGUCUCGUAUCCAGCUGCUGCAGGACCUGCAGGAGUUCUUCCGUCGCAAAGCAGAGAUUGAGGUGGAGUACUCCCGCAGCUUAGAGAAACUGGCUGAGAGGUUCUCCUCCAAGAUCCGCAGCUCCAGGGAGCACCAACAGUUCAAGAAAGACCAGCACCUGUUGUCCUCGGUAAACUGCUGGUACCUGGUGCUAAACCAAACAAGGCGUGAGAGCCGUGACCACGCCACACUCAGUGACAUCUACACCAACAAUGUCAUCCUCCGCUUGGCCCAGAUCAGCGAGGAUGUCAUCCGCCUGUUCAAGAAGAGCAAGGACAUUGGGAUCCAGAUGCACGAGGAGCUCGUGAAGGUGACGAAUGAACUCUACACUGUGAUGAAAACAUACCACAUGUACCACACUGAGAGCAUCAGCGCAGAGAGCAAGCUGAAGGAUGCCGAGAAACAAGAGGAGAAGCAGUUCAGCAAGUCGGGAGAUCUCAACGUUAACCUCCUGCGCCACGAGGACCGCCAACCGAGACGAAGCUUUGUCAGGAAAAUUGAAAAGAUGAAAGAGAAGAGGCAAGCCAAGUACUCAGAGAAUAAGCUGAAAUGCACAAAAGCCCGGAAUGACUAUUUGUUGAACCUGGCAGCAACAAAUGCAGUUGUGGCAAAAUAUUACAUCCAUGACGUCUCUGAUAUGAUCGAUUGCUGUGACCUGGGCUAUCAUGCAAGCUUGGCACGGACCUUCAGGACGUACUUAUCUGCCGAGUACAACUUAGAGACAUCACGCCACGAGGGACUGGAUAUCAUAGAGAAUGCAGUGGACAACCUGGAUUCCCGCAGUGACAAGCACAAGAUCAUGGAUAUGCAUAACCAGGUGUUCUGCCCUCCGAUGCGAUUUGAGUAUCUGCCACACAUGGGAGAUGAGGUGUGUCAGGUGAGCGCACAGCAGCCGGUCCAGACCGAACUCCUGAUGCGCUACCACCAGCUGCAGUCUCGCUUAGCCACGCUAAAGAUUGAGAAUGAGGAGGUGAGAAAGACCUUGGAUGCCACCAUGCAAACGCUGCAGGACAUGCUGACGGUGGAGGACUUUGACGUGUCGGAUGCCUUCCAACACAGUCGUUCCACUGAAUCAAUUAAGUCUGUGGCCUCUGAGUCGUACAUGAGCAAGUUGAACAUAGCCAAGAGGAGAUCGAACCAACAGGAGACGGAAAUGUUCUACUUUUCAAAAUUCAAGGAGUUCCUGAAUGGCAGUAACCUCAUCAUUAAGCUGCAGGCCAAGCACGACUUACUGAAGCAGACGCUGGGUGAAGGGGAAAGGGCUGAGUGUGGAACUACAAGGCCCCCCACCCUUCCCCCUAAACCACAGAAAAUGCGGAAGCCUAGGCCUCGCUCCUCGUAUAACCAUAAGCUGUUUAACGGCAAUAUGGAGUCCUUCAUCAAGGAUUCAGGACAACCAAUCCCACUUGUUGUCGAAAGCUGUAUCAGAUACAUCAACCUAUACGGCUUGCAGCAGCAGGGCAUAUUUCGUGUGCCGGGAUCACAGGUGGAAGUCAAUGAUAUUAAAAACUCAUUUGAGCGAGGUGAGGAUCCCUUGAUUGACGACCAGAAUGAGCACGAUAUCAACUCGGUGGCAGGGGUGCUGAAACUGUACUUCAGGGGACUGGAGAACCCCCUGUUCCCAAAGGAGCGCUUCCUGGACUUCAUCUCCACCAUCAAGCUGGAGUCUGGAGCUGAAAGAGCGCAUCACAUCCAGCAAAUCGUUGUGACUCUCCCUCGCACCAUCAUAAUUGUCAUGAGAUACCUUUUUGCUUUUCUCAAUCAUCUCUCCCAGUACAGUGACGAGAACAUGAUGGAUUCAUACAAUUUGGCAAUCUGCUUUGGUCCAACCCUGAUGCCCAUCCCAGAUGGACAGGAUCCUGUAGCAUGCCAGGCACACGUUAAUGAGGUCAUCAAGACCAUCAUUGUCCACAAUGAAGUCAUCUUUCCAAGUCAACGUGAGCUGGAUGGCCCAGUGUAUGAAAAGUGCAUGACUGGGGGGGAGGAGUACUGUGACAGCCCCCACAGCGAACCUGGAACUAUCGACGAGGCCGACAAUGGAACUGAACCACACACUAGCGAUGAAGAGGUUGAACAGAUCGAGGCCAUCGCUAAGUUUGACUACGUGGGACGCACUCCCAGGGAGCUGUCGUUUAAGAAAGGAGCCUCUCUGCUUCUGUAUCACAGAGCGUCUGAAGACUGGUGGGAGGGACGUCACAACGGCGUCGAUGGACUCAUCCCGCAUCAGUACAUUGUUGUACAAGACCUGGAUGAUGCUUUCUCAGAUAACCUCAGCCAAAAAGCAGAUAGUGAAGCAAGCAGUGGACCAUUGCUGGACGAUAAGGGUUCAUCCAAGAAUGAUGCCCCAUCACCAUGCGAACAAUCACCUGAUUAUAACUUUGGAGGAGUCAUGGGGAGGGUAAGGUUACGUUCCGAUGGAGCUGCGAUCCCGCGUCGUCGUAGUGGCAUGGACACCCACAGCCCAACUAGAGUGGCUGACACGCCGCCACGGGCUGCAGCCUGUCCCAGCAGCCCCCACAAGGUUUCCAUCAGCAAAGGUCGGCUAGAGAGCCCAGAGAAGAGGCGCCUUGGCACCUUUGGCAGCGCAGGAAGUAUCAACUACCCAGACAGAAAGGCAUAUCCUGAGGGCCAUCCUCUGAGACCGGUACCAGGAGCCACUCGUCACAGCAGCCUUGGGGACCACAAAUCACUGGAGACUGAAGCUCUGGCUGAGGAUAUAGAGAAAACUAUGACUACAGCACUCCAUGAGCUACGUGAGCUGGAGCGACAGAACACUGUUAAACAGGCCCCCGACGUGGUCUUGGACACCCUGGAGCCAAUGAAGAACCCAGUCAGCUCUGAGCCCGGCAGUCCGCUGCAUACCAUCAUGAUCCGUGACCCGGAUGCAGCCAUGCGCCGCAGCAGCAGCUCCACCUCUGAAAUGAUGACCACCUUCAAACCUGCUCUCUCUGCCCGGCUGGCUGGGGCUCAGCUACGGCCCCCAACAAUGAGACCGGUGCGCCCUCCUCCCACCCAGCACCGCUCGAGCAGCUCCAGUUCUUCAGGUGUCGGCAGCCCUGCUGUAACACCCACUGAGAAGAUGUUUCCAAGUAACAACACAGCUGCUGGUGCUAAUAUGAAUACAUCCAGUGAUGGCGGGGAUAAGUCGGGUACCAUGUAGCAAAGGUGGAAUCUGCUAGGUGGGGAGGUUGAAAAGCUUUCCAAAUAAGGAGAAAGCUUAUGGAAAUGGGUGCUGAUGUGUGAAAAGCAGAUAUGGAUAUUUUCCCUUUCUGUUUUGUGCCUGACUUAAUUCAUAUAUUCAGGAAGCUCCUGAAGCGAGCCUACAGUACGUUACCAUGGUGAUAAAGAGGAGGAAGAAGCUGUAGAGGUGCGAUAGCGUAAAGCUCAACUCUCUUUGAAACUUGAUUUAACUGCAGAAAUUGUGUAUAAGAAUACAUGGAUUUCAGUUUUUUACCUCAGUUUCAUCAAAAAAAAAAAAAAAAAUCUGUGGCCAUGUUCUCGUUUCACAGAUAAAAAUAAUGCAAGUGAAGCAAUACUUGUGUGAAAUUUGGUAUUACUUUCCACCCAGCACUCCUUGUCCAGUGGAUGUUUCAGUCAUUCCUGCCGAUGGUGUAUGAAACAAACGUCAUCUGGACGGGUGUAAACAUUCAGGCUAAAAAUACCAUGUCUGUUUACCAUUUAGGUCACAGGCCUUAUGGCUGUACAUACAACCUUACUUGAAGUUGCCAUGCUUUCUGUUUGUACUAUAAUACAGUGGAUGUUCAGCAAAGUAACAACUUAGUGACAUUAUAUACGUCUGCAUGCAGGGUUUGGAGAAAAUAAGGAAAACAUUAACGACUUCCAUCAUUGAGCGGUUUGUAAUGAUGUGGGAUUUUCUCAUAUGGUCAUCAUAUAUUCAAGAUAUUAGUUUAAACCCUAAUUCUGAAAGAGACAAGUAAUACAUCGAGAUCUUACAGUAUUAUAUUUUAAAUCUGCCAUGUGUGUGGCUAUUGGUACUAGAUGUUGUACCUGAAGAAUCCCGGCAUGAAAAGGAUCUCUGAAGUCUUAAAUAUUACUAAUCAACAAGUCAUCCUCCACCGUCAUGUACGAACGGACAGUGGGCAGACUUAACAUGGCUGUUUCCAUGUUUUUAUUCCUAUGUCCUCUAUAUGAUAUCCAGAAAAACUAAUGCACCAACUAAUGUAGGAAUCCUGUGGUAAACCUGUACAUAAUAAUAUAGCUAGUAAUUUUUUAAGUGUUAAUCUUGUACAGGCUGAUACGGGAGAAAAAAAGGCAUAGGGUUGUGGGCUGUAAAAUGGCACUUGUUAAGAUAAUAAUCCACCUUUUUAUCAUCUUCAGUGAACUGCAAACAUGUUCUUUGGCUGUAGAUAUAGAGUUCAAGUCAUUUACCUUGUACUGUGUGCUUAGAAUGCAUUUGGUAAUUGUACUGUAGAAAACUGAUUGCUGUCGAACAGACGACAAAGGCUGAAUAGAUGUUUUUGAUUAUGUUUUUGACACCCCCUUUUUCGCACCAUGUUUGCAAAAUUUGAACUGCUGCCUCUUCAAUUCUAAUUGGGGUUAUUUUAGUUACUGCUUAACAUACACUGAAAAGUACCCUCUGAUAGUUCCUCUUCCAAAAUUAAAAUGUGACACACAAAGGAACCUGGUGAGUAGAUGCUGUGAGAUACUGAUAUCACAGCUGUUUCCUUCCUCUUUUUUUUGUUGCUGAAUACAGUUAUGCUCUGACUUGUUCCUUUUUUUUUUCAUUGGAAGAAAACUUAAUAGAGAAUAAUUCAGUGUUUAUAUCUACUGUACCUCUUGUCAUUCUGACAGCUCUAGUCCAGAGACCUUGUUAUCCGCAUCCCAAAGAGCCUGCUCUGUUCUGCAUGUUUUUGCGCUGUAGACUGACUCAUAUUCUGGGGCAGUUAAACAAUGGCUGUAUGUGGUGCCUUGCCUUGGUAAAACGCACAAAUUAAUUCAAUAUUGGAUGUUUGUUUUUUUUUGUUGUUUUUUUCUUCCCUUAAGAAAUGGGCCUUAACAUUUACGGGGAUUGGGAAUUCUGAAUUAGCUGCUUGCUGCAGUUGCUAAAAUAGAAGUGACAGAGAUUGAACGCUUGAUUGAGCAAAGGAAACUUCAAGAUUAGCAUGUAAACAGGCUGUGAUUCCACUCUCAACUCUGCAGUCAGUCUGUACCACCUGCAGAUACGUGCUGUAAACUAAAAAUAAUUGCUUGUUGUCAAUGGAUUGUUGGAUUGUUGUCCUUUUCUUUUGGUCACAGACAGCUCUAUAAAUGUCCAGGGUGGAAGAACAGAGAGCUCAUACAGCCAAAUAAAGGCAAUACAGCAUUUAAAGUCAUACAGUGCACUCACAUCCUCUACUGGUUCUUGCCGGUAUUGACUCUUGAUACCGUCACCUUUACAUGGGCAUUAUGAGUAUGAUCUGAAGCUGAUAUUACAAUCACUAAGCUCAUCCAUAUAGUUCUGUUUGUUUGUUCUGGUUACUGUUUUGCACCUGAUGAAGUCCAUGAAAAAAAAAAAAGAAGAAGAAGCAUAUGUUUAUAGAAAUAUGAAGAAAGCACACACAUUUCAAAAGGUGUCAAAGUAUCAUAAUUAUAUUUAACUAGACUGUUUGUUUUUUUUAAUUUAUAGACACUUGUGUAAGUGGAGCAGAAAAUUUGAGUGCCUUUUGUGCACGACAUCAAUUUUUAUUGGACUUUUAUAUUUACUUUUUUAACUGUAAUAUGUUGUCUAUUAGUUGUCACGUUUAUUAAAAACUGAUGUUGCUUUUUUAUCUUUACUUUCUAUUGCUACUCAGUCAACAAACCACCAUAAGAAAUACAACGUGUAAAGAUGUUCAUGAAUUACAGAAGAAUCAUCAUGAAAUGUUCGUCUGUGUUUGGGGGCGAAUGCUGAAGAAUAAGUUAUAAAAAAUAAAAAAAAACUACUGUAUACACAGUCUACUGGUGAAGUUCAGUAGAGUCAUCUCAGAAUAUUUCAUCUUUUUGUUUUUAUCCGUGCCUGUGCUGUGGUUGAGCCGUAACUCUUCUUAUUUAGCUCCAUCCCUUUCAAAACGAAAUCAUUGCAGUAUUGUUGGAAACAGCGGGACUGAUAUGGACCCUCUUCUUGCAGAGGUUAUAAGGCACUUGGUGCACUCUCCUUUCCCCUUACAUGUGAUGUUACGCUGACAUUUUCUCUCCUGGAGUGUGUGCUGAAAUGAGUAACACUGUUUGUCUGCUGAAGACAUUAAGUUAAUAUUCAAAAAGGACGUCACGGUGAGAGAGCAGACUGAGAGCCUGGUCAUGUUGUGGGGACCGGAGUGUGAGUUGCUGUCACACUGUAUACCUUCUCUUUAAUUGUUUGUCUAGUGAUGCUGUUUGUUGAUGAGUGUCUGGUUGGUUGAAACCCUGUGAUGUAAUGUACACCAUACCACUGACUGGAUGUUGAAAACCCCUGCGUCCAAAUAAAACCAUUAUUGCUCUGUGA